UCUUGUCUUUGAUAUUCUUGUUAUAGCUUUCUUGAUAUCAACAACAUCAUUCUCAUUUGGAAAUUCUGUGCUCCUGUGUUUUGCCCAAUGUCUUGUAAGCUUGCAUAGAGGGAUUGUAUUUCCUAAGAUGGUAAAAACAAAUCUUGGUUCUUAAGAGCAAACACGUUGAGAUAUUUGUCGAUCUUUUAAUGCUCCGUUGAUUCGGGAGAUGACAAAAAUGGUAAACUUGGGCUCCCAGCAUAAAUGCAAGGGUGCCCAUUUACUUCAUUGCAGCAAUACGGCAAAGGGUGGUGGUGGUUUAGGCAUUUUUUGAAGGGUUUCUGUCAGGAUAGAAGGUGAUUUUUGAGGUGAGAUUAUGGGCAGCAUUUGCUCAAAACGAGCUGCAGAAGAAGAUGUAAAUAUCAAUAAGAAUGAAAGGCAGAUAGAGGUGGGUAAGUCUUCUGUGCAAUUGGUUGCUCCCACAAUAUUCAUUAGAGAAGAGAUUCUGGUAGAUGUUCUUGGCCGAAAAGAUGCUCGUCAUCUGUCGAAGGAACAUGUUGGGAAUGUUAUUGUUUCAUUGGAAGGAGGAGGAAAGAAAACGAAACUUGUUGAUGAGAAGAAGAAAGGCCGUCAUGGAUCGGUAGCAAUGGAUUCAGAGUCCAUUGAUGACCAACCACGUAUCAUUAGUAUGAUGAUUAGCAUGCGUCCUUCCGCUGAAACGGAAGCAUGGCCACAAUGGUUAACAGCAGCUGCUGGAGAAGCCGUCAAAGGGUGGCUGCCUCGAAGAGCAGACUCUUUUGAGAAGCUAGACAAGAUUGGACAAGGAACUUACAGCACUGUAUUCAAGGCUCGUGACCUUGAAACUGGAAAAAUUGUAGCAAUGAAGAAGGUGCGGUUUGUCAAUAUGGAUCCGGAAAGUGUCCGUUUCAUGGCUAGGGAAAUCGUUAUUUUGCGCAGGCUUGACCAUCUGAAUGUUAUGAAACUCGAAGGAAUAGUCACUUCGAGGAUGUCAGGGAGCUUGUACCUUGUCUUUGAGUAUAUGGAACAUGACCUUGCUGGGCUUGCAGCAAAUCCUAGCAUCAAGUAUACAGAAGCUCAGAUAAAGUGCUAUAUGCAACAACUUCUACGUGGACUUGAACACUGCCAUAAACACGGUGUCUUGCACCGAGACAUCAAGGGCUCAAAUCUUCUAAUAAACAAUGAUGGAGUUCUCAAGAUUGCAGACUUCGGUCUGGCAACUUCUUAUCAGCCCGAUCAGAGUCUGCCUUUAACAAGUCGCGUAGUAACUCUUUGGUAUAGGGCACCGGAGCUUUUGCUUGGUGCUACAGAGUAUGGACCUGCUAUUGAUAUGUGGAGUGCCGGCUGCAUUCUUGCUGAAUUAUUCACUGGCAAGCCUAUCAUGCCUGGAAGAACAGAAGUAGAGCAAAUGCAUAAGAUUUUUAAGCUUUGUGGCUCGCCCUCUGAGGCCUACUGGACGAAAAAAAAGUUUCCACAUGCAACUAGUUUCAAGCCUCAGCAACCUUACAUCCGCCGUAUUGCUGAGACAUUCAAAAAUUUCCCUCCUUCAGCUUUGACACUUGUUGACAAGCUCCUGUCAAUGGAACCACAAGAUAGAGGAUCAGCCACUUCAGCUCUUCGAAGUGAAUUCUUUAGAAUAGAACCCCUCCCGUCUGAUCCAUCUAGUCUACCAAAAUAUCCUCCAAGCAAGGAACUGGAUGCCAAGAUGCGAGAUCAGGAAGCAAGAAGGCAAAAAGCAGAGGCAGUAAAAGGACGAGGACCAGAAUCUGUUAGAAGGGGUUCAGGAGAUACUAAGAAAGCUCCCACUUCAGAAUUCACUGCUCAGGGACAGCCAAAAACUAUAUGUAGCAGUUAUAAAUAUAAUAUCCCGGAGGAUGGAAGUUCUAGCUUCCGAUUUGAGCCUCCUAGAGUAUCGAAGAAGAAUAGUCUCAAGCAUUCUGCUUCAGUGAUUCACCAUUCUGCAGUAGGAUUGUCAUUAAAUAAGAGUGUAGAUUGUACAGAAAAUAAUCCAGAAUUGAGGUCAAAUAAAUCUCGCAUGUCGCAAUCAGGAGAGAUAUCUAGCUCCUCCCUUAAGAAGAAGGAAAGAGCUCCUAGCAUAGAUUCUUCAGCGGGGUUUGUUCCCAGGAAAAACAGGAUCCAUUACUCUGGACCAUUGAUGCCUCCUGAGGGAAACAUGGAAGAAAUACUCAAAGAGCACGAGAGACAGAUCCAGCAGGCUGUGCGUAAAGCACGUCUCGAGAAAUCGGGGACCAAAGAUAACCUUGACGUUUAUAAGCAGCUACAUCAUAACAGAUGACACAAAGGGUAAUUCUUCUCCAUCAUGCCUUAAGGCAGCAUCCUUUUGGUGUCUUUCUCCUCACCCUGCAGAACAAUUUACCCUCCAGUCAGAAGGGUCUGUCCAUGCCAUCAAACAAAGCAUAUGUGAUGUGCUGCUGGAGCUUCACUGGGAUAGAGUGGGGAUUGUGAGACGCCGUUUUGAAGUAAACUUGCAUUUUAACGGAGAAAAGGAUGGAGGUUUGUUCUUGUAUUUAUUUGAAAAUACAUAAAGAGGUAGGACUUUGUUCUGUAUAGUGGAUAGUGUUGUUGAUUGAUAAGUAGAUACGGUAUUCAGACGUAGUCAAGUAUCCAAUUUAUCUUUCAAAUCACUGCUGAAAUGGUUAGAACAGAAAUAAAUUCAUUCCGGCUGCUUCUAGUUUGGACAUUUGUCUGUCGGCAGUUUCAUGUUCAGGCCCGUUGACAAAGGGGAAAUUAAAGCAGUUUCACACUCGCCAUUC